AUGUCGACCACGAGCAGCAGUCGGACUGCAAGGGCUUCCCCUUCCUCAGACUCAUCUCGGCGCGUUACCCCAGCAGCACUCAGAGCCAUUUUCGCGUCUUCACGCACUCCAAACGAGGAAAGAUCAAUCUCGCGUGUAGCAUUUUUUAGGUUCUCCGGCUGGCUUCUUAGCUGUCUGGCCAUUUCACUUGCCGCUUCCCGUGGACGUGCGAUCAAGGGUGGCGCAGCCCUUCUUGGUGUUGUAUAA